AUAAACCCUGAGUCGAUAAACCGGAAGCUAUGUCGUUUAAUGUCUCGUUUUAGUAAGGGUUAAAUGUCAAAAAACCGGAAUCUUAUUGGCAUGGAGCCUCGUUCUAGCAGUUAAGUGCGGGGGGAAUUCGUCUGCCAGCUGUCCAGGGGAUAUAAGUUUGUGCUUCCAGGCACUUGUCUAAAUCCGGGGACUGUGGAAUAGGCGCGCGUGCUGCUAAUUUAUCAAAGAAAUGGAAAUGGAAUGUUAGUGAAGUUAUCAUAGUAUACAGCAGCUGUGAUCAUGGGGAUGAUGCUGGUUAAUAGAAAGACCAGCUACAAAGAUGGAAUGCCCCUUGCUGACUAUGGACCUGAUGAAAACCUCAACGACAAUGCUGAAAUAGAAUGGGUCAACAAGAACUGGGUACGGAGACUGCUGAGAUUUUGUGCCUUCAUCAGUAUGAUAUCAGUCAGCAUGAACACACCUGGGACAUUCAAACUGAUUGAAGAAUUGAUGUAUGUGACCUUUGCUGUUGACACAGUCAUCACUGUGCUCUUCACAGCUGAGAUGAUAGCGAAGAUGCAGAUUCGGGGAGCAUGGAAGGGCGAGGCACCAUACUUGAAAGAUCGGUGGUGCCAAUUUGACGGUAUAAUGAUUCUUUGCCUGUGGGGAUCUGUUUUGCUGCAGGUAUUUGAAAUCACUGAUAAUGUGAGAGUGGGAUCCGGAGCGGCAGUGAUGAGAAUUGUACGUGCACCUCGUCCACUUAUUCUGAUCCGUGUUUUUCGCAACUUCCUCAAAUUCCAGUUGCCAAAGAACAGAAUAAACUCCAUCUUCAAGCGAUCGAGUCAGCAGAUCUACAAUGUGACUAUAUUUUUUUUGUUCUUCAUGUCACUUUAUGGUUUUGUGGGCGUGCAGUUCUUUGGUCUCAUGAAGCACCAUUGUGUUCGAAAUGACUCCACACAGAAUAACAUCUCAUUGUUUGACCUGGCUGUACCAGACACACACUGUGCUGCUAAUCCAGGGGAAGGGUACAGCUGCCCUAAGGGCAUGACAUGUGUGUCUCUUAACCUGACACCAGAGAUCAUGGGCUUCAAUGGUUUUGACAACCUUGCUACCAGUGUAUUUACAGUUUACCAAGCAGGAUCACAGGAAGGCUGGGUGUUUAUAAUGUACAACGCCAUUGACAGUUUGCCCUCUUGGAAAGCGUAUCUCUAUUUCAUCUCUCUCAUUUUUUUUCUUGCUUGGCUAGUUAAGAAUGUGUUCAUUGCAGUCAUCAUUGAGACAUUUGCUGAGAUUCGUGUACAGUUCCAACAAAUGUGGGGGUCACGAGGUGGAGCAACUGAAUCUGAUGCAUCACAGGUGAUACAGAGUGAUGGAACUAUGUGGCGCUUGGUGAUGAUGGAUGAGAAUAAAGCACAAGGCCUAGCUCCGCCUAUUUUUCAGCGUGUAUUGCGAAGCAAUUUCUUCCACACUCUCAUUCUGAUUCUUAUUCUUGUUGAUGCAGCUAUUGCAGCCAGUCUUCGCUUCAACCAUUAUGACAAACUGCCUGCACAUAAACUGGAUAUGUUUUAUUAUGCAGAGGUUGUGCUGACCAUUCUUUUUGACCUGGAGGCAAUAUUUAAAGUGUGGUGUCUUGGAAUACGUGGCUACCUUCGACGUUCGCUUCAUGUCUUUGAGUUGGUGCUAGUGUUUGGCACCACCCUUCACAUCAUACCUGAGCUUUACCGCACUCCACUCACCUUCUUUCAGGUGAUGAGGCUAGUGCGACUUAUCAAGGUGUCACCAAUGCUAGAAGGGUUCUGCUACAAGAUCUUUGGGCCACCCAAGAAACUUGGAAGCCUUAUUCUUUUCACCAUGUGUUUGCUUAUCAUUGCAUCAAGUAUCAGUCUCCAGUUAUUUUGCUUCAUUGAUGGCUUUGACAAGUUUGCUACCUUUCCACAGGCACUCAAGUCCAUGUUCCAGAUUUUGAGCCAGGAAGGGUGGACAGAUGUCCACACAGACUUAAUGGAUUCAAAUGGCCUGAAAAACCUGAUUGGUCUGCAAGUGCUUGUGGUUGUUUAUUUCAUGCUGUACCAUUUUUUUGUGAAUGGGGCUUUUAUGUCGAUGUUUCAAAUCCUAACACAAAAGGGUUGGAUUGAAGUAAUGCACGUUACGAUGAUCCAAACGGGACGGGUGGCACCAUUAGUCGCCAUUUAUUUCAUUUUCUACCACCUUUUUGUCACGCUGAUUGUCAUCAGCUUGUUUGUUGCUGUUAUUCUUGACAAUCUUGAAUUAGAUGAAGACAUCAAGAAACUGAAACAGCUUAAAUUACGUGAAAUGAGUGCUGAGACACAGGAACAGCUGCCUCUCCGACUUCGUAUCUUCUCCAAGUUUCCGGAUCAUCCACAAAUGGUGAAGGUGUACAAGAUGCCAUCAGAUUUCAAUGUAUCAGAUGUUCGAGAGAGCUUCAUUCGUCAGUUCACUUGUCCAGAAAGUGGGCUUAAUUUAGUUGUGGAUACUCAGAAUUCUGGGCCUUCUGUCUCCCCUUUUCUGCAUGCCAGUCAUAUGAGAUUGGUAAAAUCACCGAAACAUACUGCACGGUGUGGAGGUGCAGUAGAAAAGAAGAGUGGCAUUUCCACCAUCAUGCAUGAGUCCACGCAGCAGAAAAUAAUGUGUGGAGGCUCUGCACAGCUGGUACCAGCUGGAGGUCGUACAAUGUCUCUUCUGGGUCAUCAACACCAUAUUCGCAUGGAACGAAGAAGCAUGCGUGGAUCACGUCCCAACAGCCUGAAAUUAAAACCACAUCCAGCAAUGAAAGAAAAUGGUGAUAUAUCAAUGUUGUCAUCAGCGGUGACAAGUUCCCGUCGCAUGGAUGAUGUUGACAUCAAGACCUUGCAGCAAAAGAAGCAACAGGCAGAACUCAAAAGGAACCAGCAGGAGGUUGACUUAAGAGAAAACCAUCCAUUCUUUGAUACACCACUGUUUCUGGUUGGCCGAGAGAGUCGUCUGCGUAAAAUGUGUGAGAUGAUUGUGCAGGCAAAGUAUAACUAUGCAACACGAGACCCUGUCACUGGAAAGGAAACCAAGUCCAAGUACAAACAAUUCCACAAGCUGCUGGGAUUAGUAUCCUAUGUAGACUGGGUGAUGAUUAUUAUCACCAUUUUGUCAUGCAUCUCCAUGAUGUUUGAGACGCCACGCAACAGAAUUACAGAGAAUGGCGUGUUGCAGGUUGCAGAGUAUGCAUUUGUCAUCUGUAUGACAAUAGAGAUGACCUUGAAAGUUUUGGCCAAUGGUCUUUUCUUCACUCCCAAGGCUGUCGUCAAUGAUUUCAGUGGUGUCCUUGAUCUCUUUAUCUAUGGAGUGAGCGUGGUGUUUUUGUUGGCACUGCCCAAGAACGUAAAGGCAAAUUCUCCUGAGCAGAUUCUCUUGAUUUUGCGCUGUUUACGUCCAUUACGCAUCUACAGCCUUGUACCACACAUGCGUAAAGUGGUGUAUGAACUGGUCCGGGGUUUUAAAGAGAUUUUGUUGGUUUCAGUUUUGCUGAUUGUACUGAUGUUUGUGUUUGCCAUUUGUGGAGUCCAUUUACUUGGUGGUAAACUGGCACGUUGCAAUGAUCGACAGAUUGUGAGCAAAGAAAACUGCACUGGUAUUUUCUUUAUGAGAGUUUAUAUAUCCAAGAUGGCUUUACCAAAGUCAGAUGACCAACAACAGGAUCCAGGAUUUUGGGUUCCACGCACAUGGGCAAAUCCUCGAAACUUCAAUUUUGACAGCCUCAGUAAUGCAAUGCUGGCAUUGUUUGAGGUUCUUUCUCUAGAAGGUUGGCUGGAAGUUCGUGAUGUUAUCAUUGACAGAGUUGGAGCAGCUGAAGCAGUGUAUAUCCAUUUCUUUGUCUUCAUCGGGUACAUGAUUGGUCUUACACUGUUUGUGGGUGUGGUCAUUGCCAACUACAGUGAAAAUAAGGGCACUGCAUUGUUGACAGUAGACCAAAGACGUUGGUUAGAUCUGAAGGGUCGCAUUAAACUGGCUCAACCACUACACAUACCACCUAGACCUGAAAGAAGUGCAUUUCGCGCACUAAUGUAUGACAUAACCCAGCAUUUGUACUUCAAACGCUUCAUCGUACUUCUUGUCAUUGCAAACUGUCUCAUGCUGUCUGUUCCAUGGAAAGACUACAGGGAUCAGAUGUUUGUGCUAGCAGGCUUUUCAACGUGUUUUACAUUACUCUUCUUUGUUGAGAUGAUAAUGAAGAUGGUUGCACUGUCUCCUAUGGGCUAUUGGACUAGUCGCCGCAACCGCUUCGACAUGCUGGUCACAUUUGUUGGUGUUAUAUGGAUCGUGCUGCAUUACAGUUUGGAUCUCAGAGAAGCAUCAGUGAGAGAUCCCAUAAAUUCACUUGGAUAUUUUGUCAUUGUACUUCGCUUUUUCACCAUCACAGGAAAACAUGCCACUCUGAAGAUGCUGAUGCAGACUGUGGUGAUGUCUGUAUUUAAAAGCUUCUUCAUCAUCAUGGGGAUGUUUCUUCUCAUGCUUUUCUAUGCCUACAUGGGUGUAAUUCUGUUUGGUUCGGUGAAAUAUGGAUACAAUCUUGGGAGGCAUGUCAACUUUGAGACGGCAUCUUAUGCCAUAUUACUACUCUUCCGCAUUGUCACAGGAGAGGAUUGGAACAAGAUCAUGCAUGACUGUAUGGUGAGUCCACCAUUCUGCACACCAGGAGGAAACUACUGGGAAACAGAUUGUGGCAAUGGCCUGGCUUCCAUCAUUUACUUUUGUUCCUUCUAUGUUAUCAUCACCUACAUUGUGCUGAAUCUACUUGUUGCCAUCAUCAUGGAAAACUUCUCUCUUUUUUACUCCAAUGAAGAGGAUGCAUUACUUAGCUACAAUGAUAUCCGGCAGUUCCAAAACACAUGGAAUCUUGUUGACAUAAACAGAAAGGGAGUGAUUCCAGCUCACCGUGUCAAAUUCUUGUUGCGUCUGCUACGAGGACGUCUUGAGGUUGAUCUUGAAAAGGAUCGACUGUUGUUCAAACACAUGUGCUACGAGAUUGAAAAACUUCAUCCCAGUGGGGAAGUUACUUUCCAUGAUGUUCUGAGCAUGCUGUCUUAUCGGUCUGUGGAUAUCCGGAAGUCCUUGCAGUUAGAAGAACUACUAGCACGAGAGGAGCUGGAGUACACUGUGGAGGAGGAGGUUGCCAAACUCACAAUACGCAACUGGCUUGACAAGUGCCUGAAGCGCAUUCGUGCUAAGGAGCACUCAAACAUCAUCUCCAACCUACGAGCAACAAAUGAACCUCUGUUCACUGUCACUGAACUGGGUAUGGGAUUAAUUGAUACCAAAGGAGUAAAGGAAGAAACUAAAGAGGAAGGGGCAACCCCAGUUCCCACUCGCACACGUAAGAAGGGGCAUGUAGAACUUCGGAAUCCUGUAAUACAGCCACCAAAUGCCCUGCAGGGUGCAUCUGGACGCAAGUUUUUGACACCAACACUUAGUGAAGGAAGCGCUAGAGGUGAAAAGGAACGUUCUAGUGUCCGAAGACGCAGCAAAAUUAAUACAGGUGGAAAAGCACUGCCUCUGGUUUCGGAAUACUACUGUGAUGAAACUUCAAUGCUGCCAUCAUUCCCAACAGAUACUGCCCUUGUAGGGAAAAAUGUAUCAACAGAUAUCAAUAGCUGGUGGAAAGAACAGUGCACAUACAGCACUAGUGUAGACAAUAGCUCACCAUGAGUUUGGCCAGAUUUGCUUGUAAAAUUGUUGAAAUUAGUUUGAGUUUAUUCCUUGGUAUUCCUCAAGAAGCAUAGGGCCAUAACAACACCUCACCAGCGGACCUGAUUUUGGGCAGCCCCCCUCAGUUGGGGCCAUAUGGUUCCAACGUCCUUUGCCUCACUCUCUACUGCUCUUUAACAAGUCUGCUUUGGUCUCCCAACUCUCUUCUCCUAAGGGUUUCCAUUCAAGUGCCUGCCUACCAAUGGUGUCAGCUGGUUUGUGCAGGGUGUGUCCUAUUCAGCCCCAUUAGCACUUUUUGAUGUCUUGGCUAGUGGCAUUCUGGCUGGUUCUUUUCCACAGGCUGCUGUUGGAGAUCUUUUCAGGCCAUUUUAUUCCCAGAAUAUGGCGUAAGCAUCAGUUUGUCACUCUCCAUGUUUCAGAACCAUACAGUAGGACUGCCUUAGUGUUGAAGAUGCAGGUAAUACUGCAGAAGGAUAAUACUUGUGCGUUCCAGAUGGGGUGUAGGCUGUUCAAAGCAUUGCGGCUUUUGAUGUCAUCGUCUGCUCCAUCGUCUUUGACAAUGCUCCAUUGAUACACAAAGCGGUCUGUUUUCCCUUGAAGUUGGAUUGUCAGUUCCUGCUUGGUGUUGAUUUUCAUCCAUUCGGUCUUCUUUCUGUUGACCUUUAAGCCAGUCUUCUCUGCUCCCUCUGUUAGCUUACUCAGUUUGGUUUAUACAUGCUGUUGCCGAUGAGAUAGGAGACUAAUGUCAUCUGCAAAGUCCAGGUCCUCUAGCUGUUUAGUGAAGGUCUACUGGAUAGCAGUGUUGUUUUUUUGUCUUGGGUCGUUUUCGGUAUAAUCCAGUCUAUGACCAUCAGGAAGAUUAUCAGUGAUAAUUUCACACUAGUAUUUCAACAAAUUUGCAGCCCUGAAGACUGUGUAAAACAGCGUUGCAAAAUUGUUGAAAUACUAGUGUGAAACGAAGAAGACUUAGUUUACAAACUGCUGUAGUAACACAACCCACAUUCUGCCAUGUGGAAAUUGUUGUGCAUGAAAAGAAUGCACUGAAAAGACUGUUUUGAUUCUAACACAGAUAGUCUACAUUGUGAAUGAACUGUAAAGAGCUAAAGCUUUGCCAUUUACGUGUGAUUGUGUUUCUCAACACUGAGAACAUGAGCUACUGCUGGAUGUGACCAAAGUGUAACAGGGAUUAUGUCUCACUUUGAUCUGUGUUUUUUGUAAAAAUUGUUCAGUUAACCUGAAACAUGCAGAAGUGAAUGAGGUUGCAAUAAAAUAAAGAAGUAUUACAAA